GCGCCCCGGGCGCUCCCGGCGGGCGGGAGGAGGCGCCGGGAGUUCCCUUUCGGGGCAUUGUGGGAAGGCGCGAUGCGGCCCGGCCUCACCUGAGCGGGGCGGGCGGGACGGAGGCGGCCGCGCCGGGCAGGGCCGGCUCCCCGCCAGCCGCCGCGCCAUGAUACACUUUAUACUGCUGUUCAGUCGGCAGGGGAAGUUAAGGCUUCAGAAAUGGUACACGACGCUACCUGAUAAAGAGAAGAAAAAGAUCAUUCGAGAAAUUGUUCAGAUUAUUUUGUCUCGCAAUCAAAAAACAAGUAGUUUUGUUGACUGGAAGGACCUCAAGCUUGUUUACAAAAGGUAUGCUAGUUUGUAUUUCUGCUGUGCAAUAGAAGACCAGGAUAACGAGCUCCUGACACUAGAGGUCGUUCAUCGAUAUGUGGAGCUCCUGGACAGAUACUUUGGAAACGUGUGCGAGCUGGAUAUUAUCUUUAAUUUUGAAAAAGCUUAUUUUAUUCUUGAUGAGUUUAUAAUUGGUGGAGAAGUACAAGAGACUUCAAAGAAGACUGCAGUGAAAGCCAUAGAAGAGUCUGACAUGCUGCAGGAGACAGUGGAAGAAUACAUGAACAAGCCUGCAUUUUGAUGUUAAACUACCUGCUGAGAAAACUGCUGUUUGCACCUCUGAAGUGCACUUCCUGAAAUUGCUUCCCAAUGUGCCAGAUCCUCAGAGAAAUACCAAAAACCAAUAACUGAAGUGGCUUGUUUGUAUAAUGGUGAAGAUGAAGGUCAGCUAAUGUAGCAAAGGGUUUAACAAUUCUGUGCUUUACAUUACUCUGUAUGUGAGUUUCUCAGAGUUGUUAUUACCCCAGUCUAGUUUCUCUUCUCCUUGCUGGACUCAGCUCUUGUUUUGCACCACGACUUUUAGCUACGGAUUUUGUCAUCACAAAGUGCUCCUCUGACAAUACUUUGAAAAGAGGUAUUUUUACUAGUUUUGUUCACUGCUGACUGUAUGACUCUACUUUUGUACAAAUGUCCAUUAUUUUGAAUGUAAUGGUUAUUCUGCUGUAAUAAUAAUUUUUUCUAAAAGCCAAAA